GCAGAGUGAAUGAACCCGCGCGCUGACAGCCCGGGCCGUGUGUAGUGCGCCUACGACGCCGACGUCUGCUCCGUACGGGACCUGUUCCGCUGAGCCGACACGCAACCGGAGCGCGCCAGGGGUCGACUUCUCGCCGAGCCGAAGGUAUUGAAGCACGUCAGAGCUCAGCAACUCCGCUCUUAUGAAUGAGAUUAUCCUGAACUGGUGGCCAAAAUUAACCUCACGGAGAUUCAGAAACUGCUCUGUCCGAGCAAUAUACAUACAUACCUACUGUCUGUCAACUGAUUCAGCUAGGAAACAGGUGGCUGGACGUUUUGACAUCGUCGCAGGGAGAAACCAAGAUAAUAUUUCCAGCAUCGAAGGAUUACAUUAUUCUGGCAGGUUCAGGCACCGUGGCCAUGCGCCUCACAGGGGAUUCGCUGCUAGCAGAAUAAAAGGACCCCUCCAACGCAUGCUGACCAACUUCGAUGUAGCAUCGUGCGUCAGAGAUCAGAUGGGGGCGAGGCAGCGGCGGCGCUGAGGGAUGCGUGGCCAGCUGACUCGUUGCGUGCUGCUGCUGCCGCUGCUGCUGCUGCCGUGGCCGGCCGGCGCCGCCCCCGCACCCGCGCCCGUGCC